GUGGUGAGUUUCCUGUCACCUGGGCGGCCCACAGAGACAACAUGGCAAAAAGGAGGAAAAGGCGCUGCGAUCAGGUUACAACAGGCAUCGCUGAUGAGUUACUUACAGACAGGGUAGGGAGGAUCCUCCACGCCUUUCACCCAUUGUCAGGGCCACCUCGGCAGUUUCCGCUCCCGCUUCGGCUCCUUUUGUCUCCGCCCUGUGGGGAACGCUCGGGAAGCUUCGGAAUUCCGCUGACUCUUCCGGGACUCCACAGUGUAGCUCAGCGCCCACCGCUCACCUGGAGGAGCUGUGACCUCUAGCAGUCAGCGCCGCCACUGGCUCCGGAGCAAACGGGACCUGGGUGUUUGGUGGCCUCUCUACCCCCCUGCUAGUGCCUCUCCCGAGCCAGCCAAGCUAACGUGCCUGCCCGGCUCUUGAGGCUGGCCAGGGAGCUGAUUGGAGGCGACGAAGUUUUGGUUUGCCCCACUGGGAGAACAUGGCCACCGGGGGCUACCGGGGCAGCGGCGCCAACACUACCACCGACUUCCUGGAGGAGUGGAAAGCCAAGCGGGAAAAGAUGCGGGCCAAGCAGGCACCGCUGGCGGGGGGGCUGGCGACGGCGGCAGGGGAUUGCAAAAUCUCGGGGGCCGCCGCAGUCGUCGCCGCCGCCGCCGUCAUUGCGGCUGCCCCCACCGAGCUCAACAAUAACAACAGCAACGGCGGCGGCGAGCGAAGCGGAGCCAUAAAUUGCAUCCCUCUGGCCAGGUGUGGCACCAAGGAACCCCAGUCGCCGUCCUUGGCUGGGGCGAGAAGCGGGAGUGGCGCGGAGGCCUUGGGGGGCAAGGCGGGGGUAGUACCCAGCCCUCCGGAAGAAGAGAAAGUGGCAGCGAAGGGCAAAGGCUCCUCGGGCCCCAGCGCCCGCAAAGGCAAAGGGCAAAUCGAGAAGAGGAAGCUGAGGGAAAAGAGGCGCUCGACAGGUGUGGUGAACAUCCCAGCCACCGAGAGUUUAGAUGAAUAUGAUGAUGAUGAAGCAGGACAAAAAGAGCGCAAAAGGGAAGAUGCAAUCACACAACAGAAUACAAUGCAGAAUGAAUCAGCCAGCACAGACCCAAGUGCUUCAUUCAUAUUACAGGAAAACUCUAGGACCAUUUCAAACAGAUAUAAAAGCACAACAAACACACCAGAUGAUGACGUUUCUAGUAGAUAUUCACGAGCAGCAGACAGGACAGGAUAUAACAGAUAUAGCAGAGAAGCAAAUUCUUCUGGGGGUAUCAUACCAAACAGUUCUUUGGAAAAGAAAAUUGAAGACCUUGAAAAGGAACUAGCAAAGGAGAGGCAAGAAAACCUGAGGCUCAUAAGGAUAGCACAAGAUAAGGAAGAACUGAUUGGUAAACUGAAGGAAGAAAUUGAUUUAUUAAACAGAGAUCUUGAUGAUAUAGAAGAUGAAAAUGAGCAAUUAAAGCAGGAAAAUAAGACACUCUUAAAGGUUGUUGGACAGCUGACAAGGUAGAAGAUGGAAUCCUCAGAGAGGAAUGAAAUAUAAAAACUACUGAUUGAAUGUUAAAGAUCAAGGCUAGAACAUUUCCUCUGUUGCAAUAUGUCAAAACAACUGUCUUUAUAUUUAUUGUUGUGGGUGGGUCAGGGAGGAUGAAUGUUUUACAUAAUGCUCUUUCUUUCAUUGUAAAACAGCAUCAAGUUCUGUGACUACUCUUAAACUUCUGUCUAAGAUACACAGUUCAAAUGACAUCUCUUAAAACAUCAGAGUCCUGAUACUAAUGGGCCUUUAGAUUUAUAUAUACUUGGCCCAGUAAUACCCUUUUUAAAAAAAAUCUGAGCACCGAGAUCAUAUUUUGGUCUAUGCAGAUGUUCCUUUUUUCUUCUUAAAUGAAAGGAAGUAAUAGGGGUAAACCUUGUUUACACAGAUUCAAAAUCUAUAUAUAUAUUGGAAGAUAUUUGCUGUUUGUUUAAACAGAUGUAAAGUGCAGGUGCCUUACUACAGUGCUGAUGUGAAAAUUUUUUCUGAUGGGAUACUUAAUCAACAAAUCUUGUAUUUUGUGAUUUUUUUUUACUAUACUGACAAUGGUAGAUAGUAUUUUUUCUGUAUAACUGCUCUUUGACAAGAAAAAAACCCCUUUUUUAUAAAACUUAAAUAAAUCACUGAUCAUUA